GUUCCUUUAUUCUCUCCAGGAUUUGGAAUGCUUUGACUGAUAAUUAUGGUAACGUCAUGCCAGUUGACUGGAAAUCUUCCCACACCAGAGCUUUGCACUUGCCAACACUGAAUCUUUCAGAAAAAGGGGUAAAUGAUAACUUGAACCUUGACCUGUCAGAUGACGAAGAGCUAAGAGAACAGUUGGAUAUGCAUUCUAUCAUUGUUUCCUGCAUCAAUGAUGAACCACUCUUCACAGCAGAGCAGGUGAUUGAAGAAAUAGAGGAAAUGAUGCAGGAAUCACCUGACCCAGAAGAUGAUGAAACACCCACCCAAUCUGAUCGGCUCUCCAUACUUUCCCAGGAAAUACAGACACUCAAGAGAUCCAGUACAAACAACAGCUAUGAAGAGAGAGUAAAAAGAUUGUCUGUUGCUGAGUUAAAUGAACUGCUAGAAGAAAUUGAAACUGCUAUUAAGGAUUAUUCUGAGGAACUUGUACAGCAGUUGGCUCUACGAGAUGAGUUGGAGUUUGAGAAGGAAGUUAAAAACAGCUUCAUUUCUGUCCUCAUCGAAGUACAAAACAAACAGAGAGAACACAAAGAAACGGCAAAGAAGAAAAAGAAGCUGAAAAAUGGUAGUCCUCAGAAUGGCAAACAAGAAAGAGGUCAUAUGCCUGGAACACGCUUCAGCAUGGAAGGGAUCUCAAAUGUCAUACAGAAUGGCUUCCGCCACACGUUUGGAAACUCGGGUGGAGAGAAACAGUACUUAACAACGGUCAUUCCUUACGAAAAGAAAAAUGGACCCCCCUCUGUUGAAGAUCUUCAAACAUUAACCAAAAUCCUGCAUGCCAUGAAAGAGGAUAGCGAGAAAGUGCCAAGCUUGUUAACAGACUAUAUUUUAAAGGCAUUGGUUUGAAAGCUGGAUUGCUCUGAGUUCUGUGUCCUACAUGAAGAGGGCUGCCUUUCAAAAUUAGCCAUGCUCCUUCCUGUCAUGAGAAGCUUUCCGUGGAUACUACUCAUAGUAUUUUUUUCAUUUGGCACUAAACCUAAACCAGUAUGCAUUUACUUCCUUUGUGUGUAUGUGGAUUUUCUGAUCCUACAGUAAGUUUUCUGGGCAUGAGAACUCAUCCAUUUUAACUUAAUAGUGCAAUGAACUGGAACAGAGAACAAACAUUGUACAGUUUUACUCACAUUGUUCUGGCUUUUUAAAGUCUAUUUUUACAUUGUAUAGCAUGUAGUAAAUCCUCCUGCACAUUUUGUUGUUGGAAGGAAAAGUAAACUUUGAAUAGUGUAAAUAAAAUAAGCCUAGUCAUAAGGAAUCCAUAUUUAAAAGUAUCCUUAGUUCCUCUAGCAAAGAUUCAAAAAGGAUCAUAGUCAGGCUUGGACUAAAAGAUUCCAGUGAGUUCUCCAAGAAACACUCCAGAACAGUGUUGGUGGAAGUCAGCAUUCAACACUUCUUUUAAAACAGUAACUUUGAUUGAACUAUACAACAGUAUUGUUCAUACAAUGAACAAAUCUAGAUUCUUUGAUGGUUUGGCAUAAGGAAUUGGUAUGCUACCUAUCCUUGUUAUUUAACGCAAACAUCUGAGUAAUGUAAUAUUUCAUAUUUGGUUUUAAUUAGAUGUUUAUGUGGCUUAGAUAUUCUCCCCUAUUGCUGCUAUAAUUUUACUGUUUUUAAUAAGUGUUGGAUCUUAAUGCUUCAAUAUAUAAACAUUUUAAAAGGCUGUAUCUUUUUAAAAAUACAUGUACAGUUUGAAAAACUUGCACCUGGGUUCCACCUUAGUAUAAUAUUGAGACCUUUCUUGUUGCGUAUCUCUAAAUUUUGCUACAAAUCUUCUGUGAAUUAUAUGCACUGUCUUCUCUGUGAUGAUGUAUCUGCAUUCAAACAGAUUCAAACAGAUGCGAAUGUAUUUUACAAAUCCAGUAAAAGAAACAUACUCCAUAAUCUCAACAUUAAAUACUUGUCACAAAUAAUUUUGCCAUUAUUAAGUAUUAGAUUAAAAUGUAAAGGGUACUACUACAAAUAAAGGAACUGUUUUCUAGGUUGAAUUUCACCACACCAAGAUUUAUAUACUGUAUAUGUGAAGGCACAGAAAGGUAAUGUUCUAAAGAGAAUAAUGUCUUUUCAAACAGUUUUUUUCCAUUUAAAGUCUUCAGUCUUUUUCUUAGUUGAAGAGAAAUUUGUUCUGAAUACUUUGUGUCAGUUCUUUAAUACUCAAUUUUGUCAUUGUCACCAAAUACUCAUUUUAAUCAGUAAAAGAUGUUCAGUGUGAAAAUAGUUCUCAUAAUCCUUUUCUCUUUUUUUUUUUUUCCUAAAGGCCUCAAUAUUUUUGUAUUUUGAGCCUUUUUCAGUAAAGUUUUCAGCUUAAAAUUCUCUCCUCCUGCCUCUCUGCCACUUCAUCACCAAUGAAUACUUGCCAACCUACUCAGGAAUAAAUCUUCUGCAUAAGUGUGUCAUAUGUGAGGAAGGGGGGGGUUGUUGCUUUUUUUCUACUUCAUUUGUGAUUUAUUUAACAAGAAAGUUGCCAUUUAUUUCUUUAGCUGAUUUGUUAUUAACUCAUUAUGGCAUGUUUUCCAUAGAAAUGCUUGAUGAUGACUCCUGAUGCCUGGAAAUUGGCAAAAGGGGUGACUCUGCUUUGCUUCAUUUUUUGGAAAAAGAUGCACAUGUUGUGAAACACAUCAUGUCUCUGAAUGAGAUCUAUUCAGAGAUGUAUCAAACUGCUUUUGAGGAUUGAGUUGACAAGAGCACAAUAGAAGAAAAGUAAGGGAAUAAUUUUAAAAGUAAUAAAAAACCUCAAAAACUUUUGAUAAAGUUUGUGUUGUCAGUUGUAGCAAAUCAGUCACGAAGUACUAAAAGUAGUAAAACAUGAAAGAAAACCCAGCACUAAAGACCAGAAACAGUUUUAGUGAGCUAAGCAUCUGUUUGGGUGUAUCAUGCCCCUCAUCAGACUAAACAAGAUUUCAUUAUGAAAAGUACCUGUUUACCCUGUCUGUAGAGUCCUGGCAUUAAACAGCUGCCAAAGGUGGCAAGUAUUAUAUAUAUAUAUAUAUAUAUAUAUAACUGUGUAUGUACAUAAAAAAUGAGACCUUAAAAUGUUUGAAUAAAAAGAACCAUGCAAA